AUGCAUUGGGCAUCUGUAGUUGGAGGUGUUUUUGGAUCAAUCCAUAAGUUUCUUUGCUGGGACUCAAGGAUUGAAUAUGGGCACCAUAAGGCAAAUUGCUUCAAUUUCCAUGAGUUGGCCCACUCUCUGCCUUCCCACCCUCUUCUGAAUGCCCCUGCUUUCCAACCAGAGUCACUCAAGAGUCACACACAUUGGGUGUCCAUAGUCAGAUCAGGUUACCACAUUGCCCUGGAUCCCAAGAAGUGGGAAAAGGGAAAAGAGAAUGCUGAUCUCACUUCUGCUGAACAAGAAGAUAAUGCAUCUGUCAAUCAACUUGACAGUGAACAAGACAAAGAUGAAAAGAAAACUAUCCAAGGCAAAGAAGCACAAGCAAAAAGACAUCUGAAAGGCAGGAAGAAUGGAACCAAAUUGAAGGAGAUGGUCGAGUCUGAAGAUGAUGGUGACCAAGACACUGAGGGUGAAGGCAGCUAUGUGGCUUUGGAAGCUAAGGCAGCACCACCUUCAAAGAAGCUGAAGCAGGAGAAGGAGAAGGAUGAAGACAUCAAUGUCAAAAUGGAGUCCAAUCCUGAAGCAAGGAAAGUCAGAGAGUGGCAGCACAAACUGCAGAAGCCACUUUUGGGUAGCAAAGGCCUUCCAUCACCUGAUGAACAUCCAAACCUCAUUGACUACCUCUCUAUUGGGAAGGUCAUGCAACACAUCAAUAUGAAAAGAACUCUUCCCACACUUGGCCACUAA